AUGAGCCUCCAAUCCCCGGCGUCUGCUCCUCAGUUUGAGAGCAAAGGCAGCCAUAUUUCAGCGAGAAAUGGAAGCUGUUUUCUAGUCAGGAACACCCCUCAUCCCAGAAGGGUCUGCCAUAUCAAAGGUUUGAACAACAUUCCAAUCUGUAAUGUGAAUGAUGAUGGGAACUCAUUCAGAACGUUGUCGGGUGCGGGCCAGUCCAACCACCCAGAGAAGGAUGAGAUGCCAUUGGCCAGAUGCAGUAACCCACCCAGCACUUCAGCCCCGGAGAGCCCCGUCAGAGUAGUCUCAUCAGACCUUAACAGGGUCACAGUGCCCCCACGGCCUCAUUCUGAGCCCUGUCGAAAAUUCACACAGUGCUUCAAAACUUCCAGUGAGAAUCCCUUAGUAAUUAAAAAGGAUGAAAUUAAGGAAAAAAAUCCACUAUCGCCUCCAAAAGUAAAAAAUCCACCAUCGCCUCCAAAAGCAUGUUCUACUCCUGGCUCUUCUUCAGAGGUGAUGAGUACCAAGACUGCAGUCAAAGAGAACACCAUCUGCAUACCAAAUUAUCUGGAUCAGGAAAUCAAAAUUCUGGAAAAGAUCUGUAACAUUUUACGUACUGAUUCUCUGGCAGAAGUUCUACAGUGGCUGCUUCAUGCAAAUUCAAAAGAAAAGGAGUGGAUCUCAGCUUUAAUUCAUGCUGAACUGGCUGAGAUAAACUUGUUAACUCGCCUCAGAAGAAACGUCUCAGCAGAACCAGCAGCAGAGAUUGUCAGGCCACCCAAAGUUAAAUCACCCUCAGAUUCAUCAGCAAAAUCAAAAGUGCUAACCAGUUCUACGGAAGGACAUCAACAGAGCAGAGUGUCAAGUCAAGGAUCUGAAGGAAUUAAGGAAGUACCAAAAGAGGCUGAGCACAAGCCUCCAUUGUUUAUAAGAAGAAAUAAGAUGACUAUACCCAUUGCAGAAUAUUUCAGCAAGCCAAAGUCUCUUCCCAGGCCUAAAACUCAAGAGAGCAUAUCAACAAAACCAGUAUCAGCAAGGAGUAUACAACAAGGAUACAGUCACUCUCCCCAAAGAGCAUUUCAUCCUGUAACAUACCAAAGGUAG